UGGGGGGGGGGGGGGCACUUCCGCCGGCCUGCCGUCGCACUCGCGUGGAAGUUGACACAGUGACUGUCACGUCAGCGGCGUUUUGUCAAAAGUGGGCUUAGCGGAUUUCGCUUGCGCCGAGACCGCAGUCGAACCAAACGCUUUGUUUUCUUUGCUCGGCGCAGAGAAAAACCAGAACGAAUGCAUCAAAUCUCAUCGCAUUGCAUUGCUGAAGCUUAUCAAUAAAUCCGGGAGACUUGCAAAAGCCUGAAUACGCUGCCACCUGGCGGCCAUAUGAUCAAAGCGCACUCGAUGACGAUUACUGAUACUAACAUUUGUAAAAUUCAUCGAUUAUUUUUGUAUCGCCCCAUUAUGAUGACGAACAUGAUGAAGAUGAUUGCUGCUGCUGCUGAUGAUGAUGAUGUUUAAGGCGGAACCUUUGCGAGGCGGCUCGAGUUUCACCCCCGACCGCAUUUAAGCGUGACGCCCCCACUCCCUGCCGCCGGCAAGAUGGCGGCGCUCCGGUUCGAAACUUGCCAUGUCGCCUGUUCGGCCAACAGGACGCCCAACGUGGUGUCGUGGGGCCGCGGGGGGACGCUCGCCUUCGGGACGUGUGACUCCGUAGCCCUGUACGACCCCGAGGAAAGACGAGUUCUGACAAUGCUGAAUGGACACACGGGACGAGUAAACGCAGUUCAGUGGGUCCACAAGGAAGAUUGUGGUCCCGAGACCCACCUGGUCUCAGGAGGCUCCGACAGCCGUCUCCUGGUCUGGGCCGCUCGGAGUGGCGAGUUUGUCCAGUCGGCGGAGUGCAAAGGCCACACGGGUUCGGUGUGCGCCGUGGACGCCAUCUACGCCGGCGCGGGCAUCCUGGCGGCCUCCGCGGCGGCGGAUUCCAGCGUCCGGCUGUGGCUCUGCGGUGACGACGGAAAGGCCGAGUGCCUCCACACGCUCACGUUUGGCGGCGGAUUCAUGAUGGACGUCUCCUUGGCGCUGCUGCCGGGCACCGAAGUUCCCGUUCUGGCCUGCGGGGGCGACGACUCUCGGGUGCACCUGUACGCGCGGUCCCGGGAGAAGAAGCUGCGGAGGGUGACGGCGCUGCAGGGGCACGAAGACUGGGUCCGCGGAGUCGCCUGGACGUCGCUGGGUGGCGAUCUGCUGCUGGCCAGCUGCUCGCAGGACUGUCUCAUCCGAGUGUGGCGGCUCGGCGCCAGGUCCGGGAGCGGCGCCCGGGCCGAGGGCGAGCGGGACGGCGCCGUCAUCAAAAUGAAAGAGGAUGUCUUCCGAGCGGAGGAGGAAGACGAGGACGGAGCGUUUGCGGUGGCUCUGGAAACGGUUCUGACGGGGCACGAGAACUGGGUCUACGGCGUCCACUGGCAGCCGCCCGCUUACGAGGGCGGCGAGCGGCAGCAGCGCCUCGGACUGCUCUCGGCCUCCAUGGACAAGACCAUGAUUCUGUGGACCCCCGACCAGGCCUCCGGAGUGUGGACGGAGCAGGUCCGUGUCGGCGAGGUGGGCGGCAACACGCUGGGCUUCCUGGGCUGCCAGAUGAGUCCGGACGCUUCCUCCAUCCUGGCUCACGCCUUCCACGGCGCGCUCCACCUGUGGCGCAAGGACGCCGGCUCGGGCGAGUGGAGGCCCGCCGCCGCGCCGUCGGGCCACUUCGACGAGGUCCGGGACCUGAGCUGGGACCCCGAGGGCGAGUUCGUGCUCAGCGUGAGCGCGGACCAGACGGCCCGGCUCUGGGCGCCGUGGAGGACUCCGUCGCGACCCAGCUGGCACGAGAUCUCGCGGCCGCAGAUCCACGGCUACGACGUGCGCUGCCUGGCCCCGCUGGGCCGCUUCCGCUUCGUGUCGGGCGCCGACGAGAAGGUCCUGCGCGUCUUCCGGGCGCCGCGCAACUUCCUGGAGAACUUGGCCAACAUCUCGGCGACGUCCAAAGAGCGGCUGCUGGCGUCCGCGGACUCGGACCAGCUCCCCGUCGGCGCCAGCGCGCCCGCGCUGGGCUUGUCCAACAAGGCCGUCUUCCAAGGGAGCCUCAAGUCCGGUCCUGGCGGCGCCGACCCGUCCGAAGACGAGGAGCUCGGCAACGGCGCCUCGGACCCAUACCGCGAGUCCUACUUCCGAGCCGUCAACCUGACCGAACCUCCGCCCGAGGAUCACCUGCUGCAGAACACUCUCUGGCCCGAGGUCCAAAAACUGUACGGCCACGGGUUCGAAAUGUUCUGCCUGGCGUCGGACCGCGGCGGGACGCUGGUGGCGUCGGCGUGCAAGGCGUCCAAGGCGGAGCACGCGUCGGUGCUGCUGUGGAGCGCCGCCACGUGGCGCCCCCUGCAGACGCUGGCGUGCCACACGCUCACCGUCACGCAGAUGGCGUUCUCGCCCGACGCCGCCGCGCUCUUGCUCGUCUCCAGGGACCGCACCUGGUCCCUCUGGCGCCGCCGACGGUCUGAACCAGAGCCCGAGUACGCGUUGUCCGCGCGCACCACGAAGGAGACGUCGGCGCACGGCCGCAUCAUCUGGUCAUGUGACUGGAGCCCCGACGGCACGUACUUUGCGACGGGCAGCCGCGACAAGAAGGUGAUCGUGUGGGGACCGGUCGCGUCCGAGGACGCCGAGGCGAAGCCGCGCUCCUCCAUCUUGGACGCGGGCGAUCCCGCGACGGCCGUGGCGUUCUGCCCUCGGCUCGCUUCGGACAAAAGAUCUCUGGGUCUCGAUCCGCAGUUACCUGCUGGCCGUGGGACUCGAGCGCGGCCGCGUGGUUUUGUUCGGGUGGAGGCCCGACGCAGAUCCGGCCGCGGGGCGAGACUGGAUCCGAUACGGAGAAACGGACGCGUCCCAAAGUCACACCCGCGCCGUCAAGCGGCUGCGCUGGCGGCCCCGCCCGGGCCGGGCCGGCGGCCCGGACGACGACGACGACGCCUGGCUGCAGCUGGCCAGCGCCGGCGCCGACCACGCCGUCAAAAUCUUCGACGUCAACACGGAGGCGCUUUAGCCGUCCGUCGACUUCGUGCGCAGAUCACGGCGAGGAGUCAACGUUGCUUUUUUUUAAUUUAUGAUGACCAAUAAAGAAUUUUUUUAUUGCUGGA